CCAGCUCUAUCACGAAAUUGCAACACUUGUGGAUUGAAGGGGCAUUUUGCAGCUGCAUGCCGUCUGAGACGUGUAAGCAACGCCCGUCAGGACCGAUCGGAUGAUAAUCGCAAUAGAGUGGAAAUCAAGGAACAGCAAGUGAAUGCCUUAUCUCUUCAGGACGUAAUGAUAAAGUGCAGUAUCGGUCGCUCCAUGCCCAUCGAGUUUUUAAUUGACUCGGGAGCCGAUGUGAACGUGCUCUGUGGUAAGGACUGGGAUGAAUUGAAACGUGAAGCAGAGUCUGGAACUGCCUCAUACGGAACAAGGGACCAGUUGAACAAGACGAACGUUUGUUCCUACGCAACGACGAAGCCAAUGACGGUGGAGCGCGCUAUCCAUGCUCUUGUACGUGUCGUAGGUUGUGACGGUCCGGGUAUUUUAGCAGAUUUCAUCGUUGUUAGGGACGGACGCCGAUCGUUGCUAGGCCGGUCGACCGCCAGUGACUUAGGGCUACUGGCAGUAGGACUAUCGGUGAGUAGUUGCGAGCAGACCUCUCGGAGCAAAAUUUUCCCAAAGAUGCCCGGGGUUGUGGUAAAGUUUAGCAUCGACAAAACCAUUCCGCCGGUGCGGAACGCGUAUUUCAAUGUUCCAGCAGCAUUUCGGCAAGCGGCUAAACAAAGACUUGCAGAAAUGGAGGAGCGGGACAUUAUUGAAAAAGUAACCACAGCGCCGAAGUGGAUCAGCGGCAUGUCGGCCGUCCCCAAAGGGAAAAAUGACUUCCGAUUGGUGGUGAAUAUGCGCGCUGCAAACAGGGCCAUCAAGCGCGAGUAUUACCGCAUGCCACUUAUCGACGAUAUGAAAGUUAAACUUCAUGGGGCAAAAUACUUCACCAAGUUAGACUUGAGUGAUGCAUUCUACCACCUGGAACUCAGCCCGGAGUCCCGAGAUUUGACCACGUUUAUUUCCGAAAAUGGCAUGUUUCGGUUCAAACGCCUUAUGUUCGGGGUCAACUGUGCUCCGGAAGUGUUCCAACGAGUAAUGACGCAACUUUUGAAGGACGUGGAAAAUGUCGUCGUAUACAUUGACGACAUCCUUAUUUUUGCGCGAACCUUGGCAGAGUUGAGAAAAACUGUAGCUACAGUGCUACAAAUCCUGAGGAAGCACAACUUGACGCUGAACCUCAGUAAAUGCGAGUUCGACAGAACCCACGUUAAGUUCCUUGGACACGAGGGGGAUGAGCGCGGCUUUCAUGUCGACAAGGAAAAGGUGAAAAGUAUCGAGAAUUUCCGUAACCCGCGUACCGCAUCAGAACUCCGAAGCUUCCUGGGGCUUGCGUCGUUUAUUAGCCCCUACAUUCAAAAUUUCGCCGACAUAACAUCUUCGCUUUGGACAGUGGCUACAACUAAGACUUGGAAAUGGAGCCCAGAACAACAGCGAGAUUUUGAAACGGUGAAAAAUAAAAUCUCACACUGUGUGACUGCUUUGGGUUAUUUUGCGGAACAUGACAAGACCAUCCUCUACACCGAUGCUUCGCCAAACGCACUGGGAGCCGUACUGGUGCAGGAGGACAACAAGGCGAUGCCUCGUGUAAUAAGCUUCGCUUCAAAAGCCUUAACUUCAACGGAAAAACGCUACGCGCAAAAUCAGCGGGAGGCGCUAGGGGCUGUGUGGGGAGUCGAACAUUUUUCCUACUUUCUCCUAGGCCGUCAUUGUGUAUUACGUACGGACGCCCAAGGAGUCGCGUUCAUACUUAACCGCUCUAGGGAGAGCUCUAAGCGAGCGUUGACUAGGGCAGACGGAUGGGCCCUGCGUCUGAGCCCGUACAGCUACGAUGUUGAGUACGUCCGUGGCCGCGACAACAUCGCGGACCCCUCGUCACGCCUCUACAACGCACACGAUGAGCCGUUCGAUGAAUUGUCCAGCCCAUGGGAGAUUGCCUGCGUAGAGUCUAAUUGUUUUGAGUUCUUGACAGAAAGCGAAGUGCAGGAAGCUACAGCAGAAGACCAACUUCUACAACAAGUUAUUGGAGCCAUCGAAUCAGGAAGCUGGCCAAAAUCACUUUGGAAAUACCAGUCAGUUUCGGAGGAUUUGUCUGUUCUUAACGGUAUUUUGAUCAAAAGAGGCUGUUUGGUUAUCCCUGAAUCCCUCCGCAAGAAGGCAUUGGAUGUCGCACAUAGUGGUCAUCCUAUGGCCGCAAAAAUGAAAAGCAUCCUCCGAGAAAGAGUAUGGUGGCCCGGAAUUACUGUUGACGCUGAAGAAUGGGUUGAAGCAUGCCAGGCUUGCGCUACCACCGGUAGGCCGGAAAGACCCACCCCAAUGAAGCGAUCGUUUGCGCCUAAAACCGCCUGGCAAACGAUCGCACUGGACUUCAAUGGUCCAUACGCGAAGCUGGGAGGCAUUUCGAUCCUAGUUGUGGUAGACUAUAGAUCCCGGUACCUGAUUGCUCGUCCAAUAAAAUCUACAAGUUUUGUGCACACCAAGCAGAUACUGGAAAACAUAUUCGAACGUGAAGGAUAUCCACAAAACAUUAAGACGGACAACGGUCCACCGUUUAAUAGCGAGGACUAUAGAGCGUACUGUAGAGAACGUGGAAUAAAUGCCAUCUUUAGCACUCCACUCUUCCCUCAGCAGAACGGGCUUGUAGAGGGGUAUAUGAAGCUUGUCAACAAAGCUAUGGCGACAUCCCUAUCUUGCGGGACCAGUUACAUCGAUGAACUUCGCGCAGCAGUAGAUGCCCAUAAUGCGGCAGCCCAUACCGUAACCAAGGUACCGCCCGAAGAGGUUAUGAUGGGCCGUAAGAUUAGGCGUCGUUUGCCACUGCUGGCCGCUGGGAACUCGAAUCACGAAAUGGACCUUGUGGAUGCCAGGGAUCGGCAGGCGAAACUGCGAGCAAAGGAAUACGAAGACGCCCGUCGGGGUGCCAGAGAGUGCCGUGUCAAGCCUGGUGACGUAGUAAUUACUGAACGAACAACUCGGACGAAGGGUGAUACAAGAUUUGAUCCAACAAGAUUCACCGUAACUGAAGAAGACAAUGGUAACCUUGUCCUUUGUGAUGAUGCAGGGAAAACUAUGCGGCGGCAUGUAACCCAGACCCAGACACGGAAGGUAAAAGAGUGGAGGACACGUGAACCUGCAGUGGACUACAAGGACCAAGGAGAAACAACGCGUCGUUCUUCUAACCGAGACCGGAAAUCUCCUGCUUAUUUGAACAAUUAUAUACGAGUCUGUGAACUUGAAGAUUCGGAGCGCCGUGAAACCAUAUAGGCUAUUGUUUAUGUUCAUUGUAUAAGAAUAUUAAUAAUAA